AUCUGGAAAGUCGACAACCAGGGUAUCACAAUGCCUUCAAUCACGCAGGCAUGGGCGUUGCCUGCUGCGUUCCUGGCGAUAGUCAAUAUAUCGAUGACGUGGUACAAUCUGGUAUCUGCAAUUGUACCAGACCCUUACCUGGAUGAGUUUUUUCACGUGCCUCAGGCAAAAAAAUACUGUAGGAACGACUUCUCUUGGGAUCCGAAGAUCACCACUCCUCCAGGGCUGUAUCUUGUAUCGCUCCUUUUCAAAGGUGCUAUAGGCUGUGAGACUUCGAAUCUGAGAGCGCUGAAUGUCGUAGCUAUCUGCUUGAUCUGUGUCUUAGCAUACAGCAUCUCAGGAGCCAUUCACAAAAACCGUUCGGAGCACACUAACCAAGCAGAGAAAGAGGUAAACUCGGAGAGUGACUCGAAAAGUCUUUUCGAUAUUCUCACUGCGCAUUCAGCCCUCAAUAUCAGCCUAUUUCCACCUCUGUUUUUCUUUUCUGCCCUCUAUUAUACCGAUGUAAUGUCCACGCUCACUGUUCUCCUUCACUACCUCGCUUUUCUCAAUCGAAAGAAUGCUUCGAGUCAGUUUCUUGGGAGUAUUGGCCUGAUUCUAGUCGGGUCGCUAGCGCUUCUGUUUCGUCAAACGAACAUCUUUUGGGUCGCUAUUUUCCCUGCUGUCAUCGCAGUUAUUGAUGCUUUUGGGGGGGAGCAACAAGCGGGGAGCCCCGAGAAGAAAGAUUUGCGGUCUAUCUGUGCUCGGAGUUGGGAAUACGGGCGAAUAUAUGACUGUCCGGUGGAUUCUGCUGGACCUCAAGACUUUCUUCUUCUUACGAUCUCGCUGGUAAUUGCUGUUCUGGCGCAGCCAUUCUCUCUGUUGAAAGUUGUGGCACCAUAUCUCUUUCUGGUGGCACUGUUCGCUAGCUUUGUACUUUGGAACGGUAGUGUUGUUCUGGGUGACAAAUCAGCCCAUACAGCGACACUCCAUCUUCCUCAGAUGCUAUAUAUCUGGCCCUACAUAUCUUUCUUUUCUAUUCCGCUCAUUGUCGGGUCUCUAUUACCGCAUAUCGCUCCUCUGCUCCCGGGAGGGUUGAGUAACUUCUUCCAAAGCAAACUUGGACGGGGACCAGGCAGAAUCUUGCCAAAUUCUGUCACUGCUUCUGCAUUCAUCACAAUUGGUUUGGCCAUGGUUCAUUUUAACACGAUCAUACAUCCAUAUACAUUGGCAGAUAACCGGCACUAUGUUUUCUAUGUCUUCCGGGUUCUUCUGCGACACCCAGCAAUCAAAUACGCCGCGGUACCCGUUUAUUAUAUCUGCGCCUGGAUGGUAUUCUACUCUUUGGGCACAAAGCCGGAGAGUGAAGCUUUGACGAGCCAAACCCACCAAAAGAAACCUUCAACAAGCGUUCAUUCACCACAAUCCUGCAAGAUUAGCUUCGUUGUAGCUUGGUUUGGAACCACUGCAUUGUCCGUCGCUACGGCGCCUCUAGUUGAGCCUCGAUAUUUUAUCAUUCCGUGGAUCUUAUGGCGCCUGCAUGUUCCAUACCUUCCUGGAACACGUAUUUCCGGAAAAGCACGAUCUUACGACCUCCGGCUGAUAUUGGAAACCAUCUGGUUGAUUGUCUUAAAUGCUGCUCUUGGGUACAAUUUUCUGUACCGAGGGUUCUCUUGGCCGCAGGAGCCGGGCAAUAUUCAGCGGUUUUUGUGGUAGAUGAUUGAGUGUAGAGGAGGUUAUGGUCUAGGACUAGCUAGCAUCAUGUUUUGGGAGGCGAACAGUCAACACUGAAUAACACGUAGAUUACCAAUCCUUAAUCGAUUGAGUCUGACUACACUCAUCAAUGUCUGGUUUUCCCCAGCAAAUGAUUGCACGGUAUACACAAUAACUCGAACAGGCAAAUCCUAACUAUACUGUGCAUUCUUGAUAUAGAUCAUAUAUGUGUUUAUGUUUCUCUCAAUAUAUUAUUCGACUUAUCAUCCAUACUCUAACGUAUCGUGUGUCUACCGAGAGUGGGCUCUGUGGUGUCGUUGGUCGGUUUCCAGCUGUUCCAGCGGCAAAUCGGUCACCGCCAAUUAACAUUCUGACCUGCGUCAAUCUCAUCAACAAACCAACGACACCCUGGAUGUUCCUUACUCCAUUUGAAAGUGGUAUUGGCAGGCCUAUCCCAACCAUCGUUCAGUCGUUGGCCAUCAUUGUGGCCUUCUCUUUCCUCCGGGCUCGAGCCUCUCUUUCCAGUGCGGCCUUACGCGCCAACCACUCUUUCCUCUUUUGUGGAUUCUUUUGGAAUAAAUGCUUACGCUUCUCCCUAUAUCUCACACCCUU